UCCUUCAGUAUGUGGGAGGUGCGACCCCUCCUGCUGCUGCUCUCGGGGGCCCUGGCCCUGACCCAGACCUGGGCGGGCCCCCACUCCCUGCGGUAUUUCUACACCACCAUGUUCCGGCCUGGCCGCGGGGAGCCACGCUUCAUUAUCGUGGGCUACGUGGACGACACGCAGUUCGUGCGCUUCGACAGCGACUCAGCGAGUCCGAGGAUGGAGCCGCGGGUGCUGUGGGCGGAGCCGAACCGAACCAAGCACUGGGAGGAGGAGACGCGGAGAGCCAAGAACAUCGCACAGACUUUCCGAGUGAACCUGAACACCCUGCGCGGCUACUACAACCAGAGCGAGGCGGGCUCUCACACCCUUCAGAGGAUGUACGGCUGCGAAGUGGGGUCCGAUGGGCGCCUCCUGCGCGGGUACGACCAAUCCGCCUACGACGGCGCCGACUACAUCGCCCUCAACGAGGACCUGCGCUCCUGGACGGCGGCGGCGGGCACGCAGGCUUGGAUCACCCAGCAAAAGUGGGAGCAGGCGGGUGCGGCUGAGGACCACAGGAACUACCUAGAGAACACCUGUGUGCCUUCGCUCCUCAGAUACCUGAAGAAAGGGAAGGACACGCUGCUGCGCGCAGAAGCCCCCAGAAGACACAUAACCCGCCAUCCCUUCUCUGACCAUGAGGUCACCCUGAGGUGCUGGGCCCUGGGCUUCUACCCUGCCGAGAUCACCCUGACCUGGCAGCGUGAUGGGAAGGACCUGACCCAGGACACAGAGCUGGUGGAGACCAGGCCUUCAGGGGACAACAGAACCUUCCAGAAGUGGGUGGCUGUGGUGCUGCCUUCUGGAGAGGAGCAGAGAUACAUGUGCCGUGUGCAGCACCAGGGACUGCCGGAGCCUGUCACCCUGAGAUGGGAACCCCCUUCUCAGUCCAGCAUCCUCACUGUGGGCAUCAUUGUUGGCUUGGCUCUCCUCGGGGCUGUGGUCUUUGGAGCUGUGGUGAGAACUGUGAUCUGCAGGAGGAAUCGCUCAGGUGAGAAAGGAGGACAAUACAUUCAGGCUGCAAACAGCGACAGUUCCCAGAGCUCUGAUGUGUCUCUCACAAAUCCUAUAGUGUGAGACAGCUGCCCCUCUGGGUUUCCUCACAUCCCAAUGUUGUGAUUCAAGAACUGCUGAUUCUCUUUCUGCCCUGGGACCUGAGUGUGUCUGUGUCCUACCACUUACCGUGAUGGGAGAGACUGGCCCACUUCUCCCCACCAGGCCCUCCCCACGCUGACCUGUGUUCUCUUCCCUGAUGCUCUGGUCUGUGCCAGCAGAGACAGGAUUUAGCUGUCUCUAUCUGUGUUAGCUUCUUGUUUCCCUGAAUAAUGUUUCUCCCUUACUAAAAUAAGCAUCUGAUUUGCAUUUUUCUAAUUCCUGCUUUGUGGGAUUGAGGGUUAAUAAAGGAAAUCCCUGAAAUUUGAG